AUGGGUAAAGACACAUUCGAGCUCGCCGGCCAGCAAUGGCCAAAGGUGACUUGGUGGAAGAUGAAGGGGAUGCGUUUCGUGUAUCUCACGUUGUGGGCUGCAAUGAUUACUUCUGCGACCAACGGAUACGACGGCUCUCUGAUGAAUGGCUUGGAAGCUAUGGACUCCUGGAAUGAAUCCUACAACCAUCCGACCGGGUCCACACUUGGCCUUCUCGCCGCUGCUAUGUCGAUCGGAUCUAUGCUAUCAAUUCCAGUUGUGCCCUACGUGGCAGAUGUCUUUGGUAGACGCGCUGGUGUGGUAACUGGAUGCAUUAUCAUGCUAUUCGGUGUAGCCCUUGUAUCCAUUGGUUACCAUAUCGCGCUCUUCGUGGUUGGGCGUAUCAUUCUUGGGUUCGGCCUCGGAAUUGCACAGCUAACGGAUAUCGACGAGAAGGAAUGUUCACCAUUGUUGGUCACUGAGCUGGUUCAUCCUCAGCACCGAGCUAUCUACUCCACAAUCUAUAACUCACUCUGGUAUGUGGGCUCAUUGAUUGGUGCAUGUGUCGCACUAGGUACAAAUCACAUUCAGGGCAGUGAGUGGUCCUGGCGAGUUCCUUGCCUUCUGCAAGGCAUUCCAUCCAUCUGCCAACUGAUCUUCAUCUGGACUGUCCCCGAAUCGCCUCGAUGGCUGAUCUCAAAGGGAAAGCUCGAACAGGCCAAACAGGUUUUAGCUUACGUUCACGCUCAAGGUGAUGAGAAUGACGCUUUGGUAAAUGCUGAGUUUGAUGAGAUCCAGCAAACUAUUGCCCUCGAGAAAGAGUUUGAAGGAAACAACUGGUCCGAGUUCUGGUCCACCCCUGGCAAUCGCCAUCGCUCAAUCAUUCUCAUCUCAAUCGGUUUCUUCUCGCAAUGGUCUGGCAAUGGUAUCGUUUCGUACUUCUUACCUAAGGUUUUGGCACUUAUUGGUAUCACGAACAGCAACACCGUGCUCACCAUCAAUCUUGUUCUGAGUGCUGUAAAUGUCGUUUCAGCUACAGGAAUUUGUUUCUUCGUUGAUAAAAUCGGUCGCCGAAAGCUAUUCCUUACUAGCAGUUGCGCUAUGCUGGCUUGCUAUGUUUCGACUACCAUCGCCUUGGCUCGUUUCACCUUGGAUAAAGGUGGUGGCAACACCAACGCAGCCAAUGCCGUUCUCGUCUUCAUUUUCCUCUUCUACAUCUCCUACAAUAUUGGCUACUCUGGCUUGUUGGUCUCUUAUUCCUCUGAAAUUCUGCCUUACCGUCUACGCGCCAAGGGUUUGACUAUUAUGUUCUUCUGCGUGGACUUGUCCUUGUGGUUUAACCAAUAUGUUAAUCCUAUUGCGCUCCUCAAAAUCGGCUGGAAGUACUAUAUUGUGUACUGUGUCUUCCUUGUGUUUGAAAUCUUCGUUGUCUGGAAAUACUACGUUGAGACAAAGGAAAUUCCUCUUGAAGAGAUUGUGAAGAUGUUUGAUGGAGACCGAGCUAUCCUGGGUGGAGCAGCUGCAUCGGAGAAAGUCAACCAACUCACCGGGCGCAAUGACUCUGUGGGAUUCGAUGGAGAGAAAGCUAUCACUACACAGGUUGAGCUGAGAUAA